AUGGGCUCCUCCUCCCUCCUCCUCUUCCCCUCGUCCUCCUCCUCCGCCCCCCGCUCCUCUUAUUCCCAUGCCACCGCCUCCUCCCACUGCCACCUGCUCCCCUGCCCUCCCGACUUCCUCCUCCACCUCCACCUCCUAGACCACCGAGAGCAAGAACCCGCCGCCGCCGCCAUGGUCCGCAAGCGCCCGGCGACCGACAUGGACCUGCCCCCGCCGCGGCGCCACGUCACGGGGGACCUCUCGGACAUGACCGCCGGACCGCCCGUGCUGUCGUCGGCCACCGCGCAGCUGCCCGCGCUGCCCUCCCAGCUGCUUCCGCCCUUCCAGCUCCAGCAGCAGCAGCAGCAGCAGCCCGUGGAUCAUAUGGACGUCGCCGCCGCGCCGGCGCAGGCGGGCGAGGCGGCCAACACCACGGCGUUCGUGGACGGCAUCAUCCGGGACAUCAUCGGGAGCAGCGGCGCCGGGGUGUCCGUCGCGCAGCUCAUCCACAACGUCCGCGAGAUCAUCCACCCCUGCAACCCCGGUCUGGCCUCGCUCCUCGAGCUCCGCCUCCGGUCCCUCCUCGCAUCCGACCCCGCCCCGCCGCAGCAGCAUCAGCAUCAGCCCGCUCUCCUCCCUAACGCCCCAAUGCCCAUGGUGGCGCUCCCUCCCCCGCCUCCGGACAAGCGGCGCCGCGAGGAGGAGCGGGAGCCCAACAACCCGCCGCAGUCGCCCAAGCCUCCGUCCGCAGAGGAAGCCGCCGCGGCCGCAGCGGCGGCGGCGGCUGCCGCCUCCGCGGCGGUGAAGGAGCGGAAGGAGGGGCAGCGGCGGAAGCAGCGCGACGAGGAGGGGCUCCACUUGCUGACGCUGCUCCUGCAGUGCGCGGAGUCGGUGAACGCCGACAACCUGGACGAGGCCCAGACGGCGCUGCUGGAGAUCGCGGAGCUGGCCACCCCCUUCGGCACCUCCACGCAGCGCGUGGCCGCCUACUUCGCGGAGGCCGUGUCGGCCCGCCUGGUCAGCUCCUGCCUGGGCCUCUACGCGCCGCUGCCCCACGCGUCCCCGGCGGCGUCCCGGCUGGUGAACGGCCGCGUGGCCGCGGCGUUCCAGGUGUUCAACGGCAUCAGCCCCCUGGUGAAGUUCUCCCACUUCACGGCGAACCAGGCGAUCCAGGAGGCGUUCGAGCGGGAGGAGCGCGUGCACAUCAUCGACCUGGACAUCAUGCAGGGGCUCCAGUGGCCGGGGCUGUUCCACAUCCUGGCGUCCCGGCCCGGCGGCCCGCCGAGGGUGAGGCUGACCGGGCUGGGCGCCUCCAUGGACGCCCUGGAGGCCACCGGGAAGCGGCUGUCGGAUUUCGCCGACACGCUGGGCCUGCCCUUCGAGUUCUGCCCCGUGGCGGACAAGGCCGGGAAUCUUGACCCGGAGAAGCUGGGCGUCACGCGGCGCGAGGCCGUCGCCGUCCACUGGCUGCACCAUUCCCUCUACGACGUCACCGGCUCCGACUCCAACACGCUGUGUCUCAUCAAGAGGUUGGCGCCCAAGGUGGUGACGAUGGUGGAGCAGGACCUGCGGCACACGGGGUCGUUCCUGGCGCGGUUCGUGGAGGCGAUCCACUACUACUCGGCGCUGUUCGACUCGCUGGACGCCAGCUACGGCGAGGACAGCCCGGAGCGGCACGUCGUGGAGCAGCAGCUGCUGUCGCGGGAGAUCCGCAACGUGCUGGCCGUGGGCGGGCCGUCGCGCACCGGCGACGUCAAGUUCGGCUGCUGGCGCGACAGCCUCGCCCGCUCCGGCUUCGGCGCCGCCUCGCUCGCCGGCAGCGCCGCCGCGCAGGCCGCGCUGCUCCUCGGCAUGUUCCCCUCCGACGGCUACACGCUCGUCGAGGAGAACGGCGCCCUCAAGCUCGGCUGGAAGGACCUCACCCUGCUCACCGCCUCCGCAUGGCGCCCCAUGCACGCUAGAGCUUAA